AUGGGCACUGUAGGUUCAUCAAUUUUAUCUGCUUCAGGAUCGACAAUAAAUGAUAUAAAUAAUAUUCAUAAUCAAAAUUUAUCAACAUCAAAUUAUGAAUAUAGAAAUGAAACAAUGCCAGUUAUAGUUGAUGUUAUGAGUAUUGAUUCAUCAAAAUUUAAAAACUCUUGUAGAGUGUCACGUACUUCACCGGUAAUUUAUGGUCCUAUAUGUAUAAAAAAACGUCGUAGUGCUGCUCCAACAUUAGCUACUGGACGUCGUUCAAAAGAUGCAAUAAUGGAAGGUGAAGAAGCUAGAAAACGUGAAAUACGACGUAUGAAAAAUCGUAUAUCAGCAAGAAAUUUAAAAAGAUUAAGAGAUAAUAUUGAAAAUAAUUUAAAAAGUCAAGUUAAAGAAUUAGAAACUAGACAAAAUGAUUUAUUAAUACAAAUUGAAAAUCUUCAUAAAUAUAAACAAGAUCUUGAAGAAAAAUAUCAACAAUCAAAUUCAUUAUAUGAAUUUAUUGCUCGAACAGCAUCAACAACACUCUUAGAAGUUGAAGAAAAUCAACAACAAAAACUAUCACCAAUUCAUUAUUAUAGUAUGGAAUCAAAAGAAGAACAAAAUCCUCCAUCACCACAAUGGCAAUUAUUAUUUAGUAUAUGA